GCCAAAGCAGAAUAAGCAGUUUGUAACUUCUCAUAUUCUUGGUUCUACUCGCUCGUGUUGUCAACGCGUGCUACCAGCCGAACCGUCGCGGAAUACAGACAGUUUACAGCGGAAAAAAGAUCUUGUCCUUAAUAGCUGUUAAACAUAGCUUGGUUGAAAAACAGUGAGCACAAUGAGCCGUGUCGUCCAUGUCGGAUCUGUGGAUGAGUGGCGGGCAGCGCUGACCGAGUGUCGCUCUUUUGGCGGAAAAUCGAUGAUUGUAGACUUUACAGCGUCAUGGUGCGGGCCUUGCAAGAUGAUGGCCCCUAUCUUCGAGAAACUGAGCGCGGAGUUUCCCAACGUAAAGUUCUUGAAGGUGGACGUUGAUGAGCUUCAGGAGGUUGCAACUGAGUGCGGCGUGCGUGCCAUGCCCACAUUCAUCGGAUUCUUCAACGGAGACCAGGUUGAGACGGUGGUGGGAGCUGACCAGGGCAAGCUGCGGACUCUGCUAACCACUCUUGCCAGCAAGGGCGGUGCGGGUGCGGGCCAGAAGCUGGGCGGCGGUGCGGCCAGCAGCGGCCCUGCAGACGACAGCCCGGAAGCUCGGCGGGCGCGCAUGCUGGCGGCCAUUGACGCGCGCAGCAAGGGCGGGCAGUAGCCGCAUACAUGUGGGCUGUGAGGCCUCACGAGAGUGGCGGGCAGCAGUGGGCCGUGCAUGUGGUAAGGCGGCAAUGGGCAUUCAAUUGGGGCAGGUGCUGAUGCGAAGCAAGUGCGGUGCUGGCAGUAGACGUGUGCGGUGGACGCAUGAGGGCCCACAAGGGUUGGCAAUGGGGCGUAUGCAAGUUGUCAGGUGCGAGCUGAAGACACGUGCAUGGUGCGAUGUGGAAGAGAAGUGAGAGGGAAGUGGGGUGUACAGACGCAUGGCAGCAGCCUCUCGGUUUGCUGUUUCAUUCAGCGGUGGAGGACGAGAUGCCCUUUCCUACCCUGGGAGCUCAUGUAAAGCUGUAACUCCUGUACGCUGGAGGGAAGUACAUACAAGGAUGGAAUAUGGUGCUCCCUCAGCUUUUGGUUGCGUGACAAGGAAGUCUGGGGCUUUUAUUAGAGUCGGGAUGCGGCUUUAGGUCGCUGCUGGUUGCAGGAACUGGAGCAUUGGGUGCGGUUGGCUGUGGAGGGGCUGUCCGUCGCGUGUGCUGGCGGGAAGAUGUACUACAUUCCUGGUCACGUAGACAUAGAGUACGUGAUAUGAGUGUGCGUAGUCGGAUACAAGUGCGGUGGCUUGUGCGGUGGUGUUCUAAAGGAAGAUUGACUGACUUGACGGCAGAAGUUGUCAUGUAGCUAUGGACAUAAGGAUGAAGAGAAUCAUGUUGUGAAACUGCCCUUGCAUGACUAACGGGUGCGGGGGUUUUGUGGGCGAGGUAAGAAUUGUUCAUGCGACUCAACAAAAUCCGAAAAAUGUACAGCAUCCAAUCCGCUUGUUGGAUUGGAUUGGGUAGUGUAUAAAGCGAGGAAAUCAUUGCAUGCGA